AUGGAUCAAGAGUACCCCGAUGUUGGUCUCACGUACUUUGAUUUCAACCAAUUCCAGCCUGAUCGUGUUGCCAAAGAGAAUCAUGCCUAUGGGUAUCCCUUCUUGAAGCUGCUAAUGAAACUUUGGCCCGGAAACUGGAAUGCUCAACGAGCUCAGAUCAAUGAUCGGAUUGAUGCGGUGAAUGAAGAGACGAAGAAAAAGAAAAAGAAAAGCUUCCAUGUUAUCCGAAAGGUUACCAAGCGCGAGUUUUGGGUGUUCGUCGGGCUUUUGAUUGCUGCUUCUGCUCAUCGACUUGGUGGCCACCUGCUCUGGGAAAAGGACAGAGAUAUCUGGACGGCAACAGAGCCCAUCAAUUAUGGAAUCGAUGGCAAGGAAGUCAUGCCUGAGUAUCGAUUCAGAGACCUACGACAAGUCUUUCCUUAUGGUUUCCAAGACAAGGAUGCCGAAGACGAUGGUGAUCCCUGGCACAUGAUUAGGGGCAUGGUCAAUGGCUACAACUUGGUCCGUUCAUUGUGGGUGGCAGCAUCGUUGAAGAAGGUUAUGGAUGAGACGAUGAGUGCUUGGUGUCCGCGCACCACAAAGUUUGGUGGCUUGCCACACAUCUCAUGGAUUUGUAGGAAGCCAGAGCCUCUUGGAACCGAAUUCAAGACUGUUGCUUGCUCCUCCACUGGUAUCAUCCUCCACUGUGAAAUCCAGGAGGGCGAGAAAGCAAUGAAGGCAAAGAAAUACGGUGGCGAGUUCGGUGGGACAGUUGCCUGCACUUUCCGACUGAUCGAAGCAGCUGUGCACUGUGGAAAGAAGUGGCGAUCCAGAAAGCAAGCCGCAUUGGACAACAAGUCUGAGUACUUCAUUGGAGACUCAUGGUUCACAAGUGUGCCUGUUGUGGAGUGGCUCUCCGAGAAAGGCCACAACUAUUGUGGGGCAAUGAAGUCAAACUAUCGACUCUUUCCCAAAGCAGAAUUGGAAGCCAAGAUGAAGGUUGGAGCAGUGGUUCUUCCCUUGCACAACCAUGCUCGACAAGGUGAGCUCAAGAUGGAAAAGAGAUGGGUGACACAUGACUGUUGGUUUCGGUUGGGUACCACCCUCAUCAGUAUGACGGUGACUGACUGCUGGAAAGCCUUUCGUCAUCAUGUUGCCGAUGACAAAGCAAAGGAAAUGACCGUUGUAGGGUUUGCCGACCGAGUUGCUAGUGAUUGCCUUCGAAACAAGUUUCCUGAUACAAUCGAAGCUGACGACAAUUUGAACCUGAUGCCGACUCCAGUGUUGACAGUCGAAGUGCCAACUGGCAAUGGUGUUCCUGCUGCCGAUGGCAUAUCUCCUAUUUCAGUUGCUACCACAAUUGAGGAUCUUUCCAAUGGCCACACAAGGAUUGUCAACCCAGAUCUCCAAGCAUCUGGCAGACCAAAACGGCGAACGUGCCGUGCUGAUGGUUGCAGGAAAGAAACCCAUUGGUUGUGUGGCAAUCAAGCAUGCAUGAGUGAAGCUUACAAUGCCAAUGGAAGGCGAGUAAGGGGCAUGUUCUAUUGUGAUGCUCAUUGGCCCUUGGAGCAUUGGAAAGAUCUGCAUCCAACCUCUGCCCCGUAG